GAAUUAGUAUUUUUUAAUGUGUCUUCUUAGUUUUCUAUGGCCGAAAUAUAAAUUUAUCCAUUUUGCAUUCAUAUACAUGCUUCACGGAAAUAUUUAGGUCUACGAGGGCUUAUGCUCGCUGCCCUGCUGGCCGGCUUAAUGAGUACACUUACUUCAAUACUGAACAGCGCUAGCUCCAUCAUGACCCUCGAUAUCUGGCACCAGUUUCGUAAAAAGGCCUCUCAGCAUGAGUUGAUGAUUGUUGGAAGAGUUACCGUCCUUAUUCUCGUUGGACUCAGUAUCCUGUGGUUACCGAUUUUACAGCAGACCCAGGGAGGGCGAUUCUGGUUUUAUAUCCAGUCUGUGAGAUCAUAUCUUGUACCUCCUCUGUGUAUGAUGUUUCUUUUGGGUUUGUUCUGGAAAAGGACCACAGAACAGGGAGUGUUUUGGGGACUGAUGCUAAGCAUAGUAGUGGGUUUUGUACGCAUGGUCCUAGAUUUUACUUUUCCAGCACCUGCAUGUGGCAGUGAUGAUGUAGACCCCAGACCAGAAAUCAUCUCAAAAGUGGAUUUUCUGCAUUUUGCAACACUUUUAGCGAUAUUUGCAACGAUUGCUAUGGUUGUCAUCAGUUUGUUUACGCAACCUCGCCCUGCAAAUAAGCUCCAUCGUCUAACAUGGUGGACAAGGAAUGAUGAUGUACAACCAGAACUGACAGAUGACGAGGAUGAAGAUGUUCACAUCUCUGUUCACUUGAAGGAAGAAGACUCCAAACCUAUGGAGAUUCAGGAGAACCAGAAACUGACAUCUGAUGAGAGUGGUUUUAGAAGACUCGCGACCCUUUGUAAGAAUUGGGUCUGCGGAAUUGAUGAGGAUGCUAAACACACCAUGACUCGAGAGGAGAUAAAAGAAUUAAGACAGAGGAUGACGUCAUUAGAGGAGGCCUCGCGGUGGAGGAAAAUUUUAAACAUUUCUGCCGUAAUCAUUGGUGUCUUUACCGUUUUCUUACUAAUAUUUUUUCGCUAGAUAGUACUGCAAAUAUGAUUUGGAGAUUCUUACCG